AUGGAUGGAAAGAGCGGGCAAAAUAUCCGUUUCGUUUUAUUCGUUUCUUUAGUUAUGUUUCUCGAAACAGUUCUCUGCCAGCGUUGCACCGAAAAGAAUGCGGAAUACGCUCCAGAGGCCAUAGAAGAAUUGUACAAAUACCUCUUCGCUAAUUAUGGUAUCUAUACUAGAUCGGUCUUGAAUGGAGACGAUUCGGUGAACGUUGAAGUCAAAUUCCAGCAUGUGAUCGUCUCUGAGACUUUUUCGGAAGUUAAGGACGUUUUAGCCCAGGUUAACAUCGUCCAAAGGUCUUUCCCGUACGACAGACAGUACUGUUGGAUAUACUUCUCGAACAUCUUCCAGAAUGUAAACUUCACCGUCGUUGGGGCCAACGAGCCACUCGGCUCCGAGCGCUGCGUCUCUACACAUGAUCAGUGGCAAGUCAUCAGAUGCACCUCGUUCUCAGAAGUGAGAAAUAAUUCGAUCACGGGGUUCAGGUUGAUAUCUCUGAUCAUUUCUAUGCAAAGAAGAUCUAUUUACUACGUAUUCCUCCUGAUAGUCCCAGCCAUCAUCGUCGUCUUCCUCUUACUCGUCAUCUUCUUGAUCCCGCACUGCAGCAAUCAGAGGUUCUCUUACGUGGGUGGGAUGUUAUUUGUGCUGCUGCUGCUGAAUUACGUGGAGCAAGAGUUCAUUCCAACGGGUUUCGGCGAUACUCCAAGAAUCGUUUCAUAUACGUUGUACGCUCUCAUCCUCCUGUCAGCCAUCACCAUCCUCUCUCUCGUCACUCACUAUCUCUACUUCAUAGAUCCAGGAGUGACUGCCGUGCCAGCGGCUGUUCAAAAAAUAUUUCUCAAUGGUAUCGUCAAAUGCAUAAUGGGAUUGAAACCAAACGUCUAUUUUUCCUUGGACUCCAUCAAUGCUUCGUCUGUCUAUGAUAAAAACUACAAGAAUAGCCAGAAGAAUAACCAAAAUGAGGAGAGUUUUCUUGAUUGGCUGAUCGCUGAAGAAAAUGAAAGUGAAAGUGAGGUGAGUAGAAAAUUUCUCGAGGAAAUCCACAAAAAUCUAGACGUCAUCACUUUCGGCGAAAAAUCUCGUGUCCUGGAUAAUGAAUGGAAGCAGUUAUCUACAAUCUUUGAUCGUCUGUUGUUCUUCCUGUUCUUCGUGGACACAGUUUUGGUGACGUCAUUUUUUUUCGGUCAAAAUUUGCAGGACAAGGUGGAGAGGGAUCAGACUGAUGAGAAGAUUGCGGCUGAAUAUUUUCAUCAAUUUAUAUCAUAA